UAAGAGUGGUGAUUUCUCCCAUAUCUUCUUCUCCAACAAUGGUCCAUUCUUUAACAUGGGACCAGGAAUAUCAGCAACCAGAUUCCUUCGAACCCUGUUUCAGUUUAGCAAGGAUGGUGACUGAAGAAGAGAAGAUAUUCGCGAAGAAUUUCAACAUCGAGGAUCACCCCGACGUCCCAGCUAGACUUCCUCCGCAUCUGGAACUCCAGCGAACUCGUGUCUUGUGUAAAAAUGACGCUCCUAUUCAUACUUCGAGUGUCCAAUACUCGGGUGCCUAUAAAUUUGUGGGAGUGGACAACAGUGUGAAACUAGAAAGCUUCUCUGAGAAUUUCAGAGUUGAUGUGAUUUCAGAGGACGGUAUGGAACUGGAAUUCGAUAUGAUCGGUAUCGAUGCAGCUAUCGCCAAUGCUUUCCGAAGGAUUCUCCUAGCUGAGCUUCCUACAAUGGCUAUUGAAAAAGUGUUUGUAGCAAACAACACAUCGGUUGUUCAAGAUGAAGUUCUUGCUCAGAGGAUGGGUCUUAUUCCAAUUGCCGCAGAUCCGAGGCUCUUCGAAUAUUUGUCCGAAAACGAUCAGCCAAAUGAAAAGAACACCAUUGUAUUCAAACUCCAUGCGAAAUGUGAAAAAGGUGAACCACGUCUUAAAGUUUUAACGAAGGAAUUGAUUUGGUUACCAAAUGGAAGUGAGUUGAUUAAAGAAUCAGGAGGUUCAACCUCAAAGCCAAGAACUUACACUUCGUUCAGCCGCAGCCAAGAUUCCUUCCCCGAAUUUGCUAAUAAUCCUAUUACUCCGAGCUACCCUGAUAUAUUGAUAGCAAAACUCGGCCCUGGUCAGGAAAUCGAGCUCGAGGCUCAUGCUGUUAAGGGCAUUGGUAAAACACAUGCAAAGUGGUCACCAGUAGCGACGGCUUGGUAUCGAAUGCUUCCUGAGGUCAUUCUACUAAAGGAAUUUGAGGGUGAAGAUGCUGAAAAACUCGUGAAAGCCUGCGCAGAGAAAGUUUUUGACAUUGAAGACAUGGGCAAUGGUAGGAAAAAGGCAACGGUAGCUCGGCCGCGUCAGUGCACGUUGUGUAGGGAAUGCUUAAGUGAAGAAUUUGGAGAACCGAUAGUGAAACCAAUAUUAAAAGGAGAAGACAAAAGUAAAAGAGAAUGGGUAGACAACGUGGCUCUGCGCCGUGUCAAGAACCAUUUUAUAUUUAAGAUUGAGUCCACUGGAUCACUGCCUCCGGAUGUUCUCUUCACUGAAGCUGUGAAGAUAUUGGAAGACAAAUGUGAACGUGUAAUCGCUGUUCUCUCCUGAAAACAGAUUGAUUGGUUUAGCUCUCUACUGGCAUGGUUCAGGUUUAGUCUCGAUUUUGGGUUUUGUAUCAAAGUUGUAAUACGAAGAAGGAACAUUGAAAUAUUACUUGUAGUUUUGGUUCGUUUCGGUUCACAUUGAAAUUCAAUCAUCUUGAUUCUAACCAAUUUUGUUGUGUCUUUUCUCUUACGACUCUGUAUAAUCGAACAAGUAAAAUAAAAUAAAGAAAUCAAGAUUUUGCU